CAGCCUCUGUGAGUGCCCUUGAGUUUUUCUUAUUAGAGCUCUCAACAUCACAUGAGACUCCACCUGCAUAAUCUUCAACAAGUUUCUCUCUUUCAUCUCCUUAAUAUGGCUCUUGAAACUUGGCUAAUAAGAGUUAAAGCUGCAAUAUCGAGCGGUUUUGAUACUGUAAAGGCCUCAACACCCAAGCCAAAACUAUCUCCAAAGAAAUCCAACGUUGGAGUUUUGGCUUUUGAAAUAUCUGGAGUCAUGUCGAAGAUCCUCCAUCUAUGGAAAGCUCUGGCGGACAAGAACAUCAUUCAUCUUCGCAAUGAGUCGAUAUCUCUUGAAGGAGUCCGCAAGAUUGUCUCAAACGACGAGUCGUUUCUUCUGGGCCUAGCUUGCGCUGAAUUGGCGGAAAAUAUCAGACUCGUGGCAAAAUCUGUGUCGAGAUUAAGCAAGCGGUGUGAAGAUUCCAAUCUUCAAUCGUUUGAUCGGCUGUUUGAAAGCUUCGCAAACACAGGCAAAGACUCACUUUGUUGGGUUUUGAAUCAGAAAGAAAUGGAAGCCAAGAGCAAGAAGAUGGAGAGGUAUGCGGCGAUUAUAGCUACUUUGUAUAAAGAAAUGGAAGAGCUAACAGUUUUAGAAAAUGGAUUGAGAAAGGCUUUACAGUGUAACGAAUAUGAAUCAUCCAUUAAAGAGGAGAAAAUUAUUGAUCUUCAACAAAAGAUUCUCUGGCAAAAGCAGGAGGUAAAGUAUCUAAAAGAGAGAUCUUUAUGGAAUCGAAGCUUUGACACUGUUGUUAAUAUUCUUGCAAGACCAGUUUUCACUGUUUUAGCAAGAAUCAAACUUGUAUUUGGGAUUAGCCAUGGCUGUCCUUCUUAUCUUCCCCGAAGUCUCUCAGCUUCAGCUGCUGUUUAUCCAACCGAAAACUCUAAUAGCUUUGUAUCAGGGCCAUUGAAAAGCUCAAAACUUGAAGAAAAAGAAGAUUCAAAUCGUGGGUUCUUCGAGUCAAAUUCAAAAUUAUUAAAGGCUCCUCCAACUACGCUAGGUGCCGCGGCUUUGGCUCUACACUAUGCAAAUUUGAUCAUCAUAAUGGAGAAGAUGAUCAAGUCUCCACAAUUGGUUGGUGUUGAUGCAAGAGAUGAUCUUUAUGCGAUGCUUCCGAGUAGCAUACGAUCGUCGUUAAGGGCUCGACUGAAGGGAGUCGGUUUCUCGGCGAGUGAUGCGGCGCUCGCCGGCGAAUGGAGAAGCGCUUUAGGUAGGAUCUUGGCGUGGCUGUCGCCAUUAGCACAUAAUAUGAUAAAGUGGCAAAGUGAAAGAAGCUUUGAGCAGCAAAAUUUGGUGCCGAAAACUAAUGUUCUUCUCUUGCAGACUCUUUAUUUUGCCAAUAAAGAGAAGACAGAAGCCGCCAUUACUGAGCUUCUGGUGGGUUUAAACUAUAUUUGGAGAUUCGAAAGGGAGAUGACGGCCAAGGCCUUGUUUGAAUGUGCCAACGUAAAUGGGUUGUUGAAUAAUUUCCAUUGUUAACAUUCCAGCGAAGGAGACGGAUGAUCGAUCGAUCUUUUUCGCUCUUUUACUUUUUCUUUUGUUAAUUUCCUGAAAUUUUAUCAUAGGCUUGAUUUGAGUAACACUAUCUAUAGAAAUAAUAGAAAUAAUGAACAUAAAUUUAUGUAUAAAUUAUGAUAUAUUAUCGUCUGAUUGAA